CUCACUUGACUCUCUUCUCUCUGCGCUCUCUCAUGCUCUUUUACAGGAGCCUUUCUCUCUCACUCAAAAUCUCACUAGUCACCGCCUCCUUCAGUCUUUCUUCCUUCUCACCGCAUCGUCGGCGUUUUUCCUCUCAACCCCUCACGUCGUCGUUCCUUACCUUCCUUCAUCGCCGCUCACCUUCUUCCUCUCAUUGCGUCGCUCGCUGCUCACAGCUUCGUCGUCGCCUCCGCCUAUGCUCUGUGCGACGCCUCAGAUCUGUGACAUCAACAACUCUGCUCCAACAACGCCUCUUCAACACGAUGCCUCUACUCAGCAAAGACGAUGACGAUUCUGCUCCAUAGCUGAUAAAUGGAUGCAUGGUGUGAUGUCCAUAAAUGUGGACCUGUGAAGAUCAGAGACCUGCAAAACGCAGGUAACGUUUUGCAGGCAUUGGAAACAGAAAAUUGUAGGCCCUGCAAAACGCAGGCUGCGGCGAGGGAAGGGAGCAAGAAAUUGAAACGUGCCCUGCAUGCCGAUAGGACCAAGGCUUGACCAACUUCGAACUGAGCAAAACGCAGGUUGCGUUUUGCAGGCUCCCUAGCUGCAUGCAUGCCACGUGUUCUGGGAGGGGGUUCAGCUGGGUCCUUAUAAGUGAGAAACGCAGAUUGAAGUAGAAGCAUAGUUACUGAAGCAAAACUAGUUGAGGGAGAGUGAAAAACUGUGAAAGAGCUUGAUGAAGAAGAAGAACUACAUGGUAUAGAAAAAAAAAAAUGGCUAUCAGAAAUUUGUUGUCCAGAAAACUGGAUCCGCCAGAUACAUUAAACGAGGUAGCUGCAGUGACAUUGACAUUGACUGGUUUUCAACACGUUUCGCGAGUAAGUGAAAUGAGAGGUCAUUCUGCACUACUGAGUGCUUUAGUGAAACGCUGGAGGCCGGAGACUCACACGUUUCAUCUUCCGGUCGGUGAAGUGACGGUGACGCUAGAAGAUGUAAGCCAUAUUCUUGGUCUCCCGAUUAAUGGGAAGGCUGUUACGGACAGAUCAGAUAGCAGCCACCAGUUUUUGGUGGAGAACUACAUCGCGUGUUUUGGUCGGGAGUCCGGUCCGGACGAUCACGUGUUGGGAAAGGUUAAUAUUGCUUAGGUUCGGCGGUGCAGAGACACCGAGCCGUGUGAUACUCAGGAGUCUCUCGAGCGGGUAUAGUUGGGGAGCAGCCAGUCUGGCACACCUAUACAGAUCAUUGUGUCGUGCCUCACGAUUCAACUGCAAGAAAAUGGAUGGCCCACUGAUAUUGCUUUUUGUUUGGGCGUGGGAGCGUAUGCCGUUCCUGGCACCUAUACCCCGCGAUCAACUCAGCAAUAUUGGUGUUCCACUAGCGCGAUGGUGGAGUCAUUGGCGCCGACAUACGAGAUAUAUACGGCGGCCUACUGCGCAUUUUAGGCGAGGUCUCGACGACAUGGGAGUUGACGACUUUAUAUGGCGGCCAUAUAUGGGAGUGGAGAUUCCGGAUGGCCUCGCUUCCCAUAUGAUUAUGAGCUCCACCCAGUCGCCUCUAGUGUCAUUCGAGUGCAUAGAAUGGCACGCGACAGAUCGGGUCAGACGACAGUUCGGGAUGCAGCAGCUACCACCAGGCCCCGCGUUCAACCUUGGUCGUGAUCACUGCAAGCGGCUGACAGGAGCACAGAACCAUGACUGGGGACAGAUUUACAGUCAAUGGGUUAACAGAUGGACAUUUGACCGCUAUAACACAGUGCAGCUAGGCGAGGAGAUUAUUGACUUCCAUCUUCAACCCUCUUCGUUGCGAACUCUGAAUACGUAAAUCCGUUGCGAAGACGCUCAUGAGCCUCGGUACUCUUUCGAGUGAACAACUCAUUCAGCCGAUAGAAAGUUGACUGGACCAAGGCAGUCACAGGAAGGUUGCGUGCCCCAUUCAGGACAGAAUUUAUGCACUCUACCAAGUUUGUCGUCAUAUGUUCCCAACGAUGACCACCAUCGAAUGCCAACACCCAUCUCUCAACACCGAUCUCAUCGCACCAUUGAGUAUAUGCCUCAUCCCGCUCUUUAAGCCUUUGGUAGUUUUUGUUGUACUCCUUCUCCGUUCUAGAAUAGCCUGUUGAACAAACCAUUUAGUCAUAAGCAGA